GGCGCAUGCUGGGUAGCAGGACACCAUGGCGGCCCGUGUCCUGUCCGCCUGUGUCCGCCGCCUCCUGCCCCGGCUGGCCCCGCCCGCGGCCCGUAGCUCCGGCCCCGGCCCCGGCCCCGCCGCGCUCAGCGCGCUCUGCAGCCGCCGGCCGCCCGCCCGCGCAGCGCCGGGCCCCCAGGUCUCUGGUACGUUACAGUUGUGUCGCCAUUAUUCAGACUUGCCACCUCUUACUUUGGAGAGUAUCGAGGAGCGUGUUCUGUAUGUCUUGAAGUUGUAUGAUAAGGUAGAUCCAGAAAAGCUCACAGUAACUGCCCACUUCAUGAAAGACUUGGGCUUGGACAGUUUAGACCAAGUGGAGAUCAUCAUGGCCAUGGAAGAUGAAUUUGGGUUUGAAAUUCCUGACACAGAAGCAGAAAAGCUAAUGUGUCCACAAGAGAUUGUAGAUUACAUUGCAGAUAAGAAGGAUGUGUAUGAAUAAAGACAUUUCUUUUGAAGCGGAGAAAUUCUUCUACUGUGAAGACUGGGAUGAUAUCAGCGGUUGUGUGAAUGUAAGCGCACAUUACUGUACCAUUGCUGCAGUAGUUCUGUUGGACAUUGUAUUUAACGUCGUCUGAAUAUGUAUUGGCCUUCACAAAAAUAAAUAUAGAAGACCAUUA